CGGGCGGCAAGCCCGGCUCCCGUAGGGUGCGUGAGGGAGCGGUUGCUGUCUCACUCCCUCCGUGCUCGUGCCCGCUCGCUUCAGCCCGGCCCGGCCUGCCCCGCCUGAGCGCCGGUAACCGCCAUUCUCCCCGCAGCUGCUGUGGUUAGAAGAGGUAUCUUAAUUAACAUACUGGGAGCCCAGACUGAAGUGCAAGCGUAGCCUGUAAAGAAAAGAACUCUCUCUGAAAAUGGCGGAAGCUCAUCAAGCAGUAGCUUUUCAAUUUACAGUAACUCCAGAUGGUAUUGACCUGCGUAUGAGCCAUGAGGCACUCAAACAAAUUUACCUCUCUGGUGUCCAUUCAUGGAAGAAAAAGUUCAUCAGAUUCAAGAAUGGAAUUAUCACUGGCGUUUAUCCUGCUAGCCCAUCUAGCUGGCUUAUUGUAGUUGUGGGUGUGAUGUCAACAAUGUAUGCCAAAAUUGAUCCUUCUUUAGGAAUAAUAGCUAAAAUCAACCGAACACUUGAUACAACUGGCUAUAUGUCAAACCAAACACAGAACAUCGUGAGUGGAAUACUUUUUGGCACAGGGCUUUGGGUUGCCCUUAUUGUCACAAUGCGCUACUCUCUAAAAAUGCUGCUUUCCUAUCAUGGUUGGAUGUUCGCUGAACAUGGCAAACUUUCUGCAGGCACCAAGUUUUGGAUGACACUCGUAAAACUCUUCUCGGGACGUAAGCCCAUGUUAUACAGUUUCCAGACAUCUUUACCACGAUUGCCAGUUCCAGCUGUUAAAGACACAGUCAAUAGGUAUCUGGAAUCAGUUCGGCCACUUAUGGAUGAUGAAAAGUUCAAAAGAAUGGAGGGUCUUGCCAAAGAUUUUGCAUAUAAUUUGGGACCAAGGCUUCAGUGGUAUUUGAAGCUAAAAUCCUGGUGGGCCACAAACUAUGUUAGUGAUUGGUGGGAAGAAUAUAUCUACCUUAGAGGACGUGGACCAAUUAUGGUUAAUAGUAACUAUUUUGCAAUGGAUUUCCUUUAUUUAUCUCCCACAACCCUGCAGGCAGCUAGAGCUGGUAAUGUUAUCCAUGCCACUCUACUCUAUCGGAAAAAACUGGACAGACAAGAAAUCAAGCCAAUUCUUCUGAUGGGAUCUACUGUUCCACUGUGCUCAGCUCAGUGGGAACGGAUGUUUAAUACCUCCCGUAUCCCCGGAGAGGAAUCAGAUACUCUCCAGCAUGUGAAAGACAGCAAACACAUUGUUGUCUAUCACAAGGGCCGUUACUUCAAAGUUUGGCUGUACCAUGAUGGUAGACUGUUGAAACCCCGAGAAAUUGAACAGCAGAUGCAAAGAAUUCUUGAUGAUAAUUCAGAGCCUCAGGCUGGUGAAGAAAAGUUAGCAGCUCUUACUGCAGGAGAUAGAGUACCGUGGGCUAAAGCUCGACAGGCUUAUUUUAGCCGUGGAAAGAACAAACAGUCCUUAGAUGCUGUUGAAAAAGCAGCAUUUUUUGUGACAUUGGAUGACACCGAUCAAGGGUACAUGAAAGAAGAUCCAGUGAGGUCACUGGAUGCAUAUGCAAAAUCCUUAAUACAUGGCAGAUGUUAUGACAGGUGGUUUGAUAAAACCUUCACUCUUAUAAUAUUCAAAAAUGGCAGAAUGGGUCUGAACGCAGAGCACUCUUGGGCAGACGCUCCUAUUGUUGGACACUUGUGGGAGAAUGUGAUGGCAACUGACUAUCUUGAACUGGGCUAUUCAGAAGAUGGGCAUUGCAAAGGAGAUACCAAUCCAAAUAUUCCUAUUCCUACCAAACUGCAGUGGGAAAUUCCAGAAGAAUGUCAAGAAGUGAUUGAGAAGUCUCUGAGCACUGCCGUAGCUCUGGCAGAUGAUGUGGACUUCAAUUCAUUUUACUUCGGUGCUUUUGGGAAGGGACAAAUAAAAAAAGCAAAAACCAGCCCUGAUGCCUUUGUGCAACUUGCCCUGCAGCUUGCUCACUAUCGGGACAUGGGAAAAUUUUCUUUAACAUAUGAAGCCUCUAUGACACGCUUGUUCAGAGAAGGCAGGACCGAAACUGUUCGUUCGUGCACUGUUGAAUCAUGUAAUUUUGUUCGAAGCAUGGAAGACCCAACUGAAAGUAAUGAAAAUAAGCUUAAGUUCUUUCGGGUUGCUGCUGCCAAACAUCAGCACUUGUAUCGUCUCGCCAUGACUGGUGCUGGCAUUGACCGCCAUCUGUUUUGCCUUUACGUCGUGUCCAAGUACCUUGCUGUAGAUUCUCCUUUCCUUAAGGAAGUUUUGUCAGAGCCUUGGAGGCUGUCAACGAGUCAGACACCGCAGCAAUAUGUUGACCUGAAGAAGAACCCUGAGAUGUUAUCCUGUGGUGGAGGAUUUGGACCAGUGGCUGAUGAUGGUUAUGGUGUUUCUUAUAUUAUCUUGGGUGAAAAUGCCAUCCAUUUCCAUGUCUCCAGCAAAAUAUCUUGUUCUGAGACGGAUUCUCAUCGUUUUGGAAGAAACAUCCAAAAAGCAAUGGUUGACAUCAUGGGUUUAUUUAACCAUAGUAAAAACUGUACCAAGUGAUUUGCCUUAUUGGUGCCAAGGAAUCUCCUGUUGUUGGGAUGAGAACUCUUCUGAACAAUGAAUGAGAGCAAGGUUUGCAAACAGUAGUUGGCGAAGAAACUGAGUCAACAUCAUCUUGAUCACUAUGAAAACCUUAGCAGUGUAUUGAAUGUUUCAUUAUUAUUUUUUUUUCAGUAGUUUGGAAGAGUUUAUUUCCACAAAGUAUGACUUUUGAAAUCUUUUAUGUUUCUACAGAUGAAGUGUAGUAUCAUUGCAUGAAGUCAUGUAUAUUCUAACUCCUGCAGUUUUCUCUUAAUUUGUAUACACUUGCUCUUUUUCUACUUAAAAUUAGUCUACUUGUAUUCCAGAAUCAAAGGGAUAAAACACACCGUCUUAAACUCAAAUACUAGAAAAAGUUUGAUUUGCUAUGUAUUAAUAGCAGAAUGUUCUUCAAUGUAUUUGCUGCUUUAUGUCAAUGAAUGACAAAACUUGUGGCUGUUUACCUUCAUUGGUUUUUUCGUUAGUGGUUUUUUUUUUUCAAAGGUAAUUUCAAAACAUACCAAAAAAAACCACCCCUCAUAUAACCCACUGUAACAUACCAAGUUGUAGAAUUUUUUUUGUUUUUUGGAAAAAAACCACUGGGUAGGGCUACAUCAGGUAGUGAAAUGUGUCACAUUUUUCUUCUUACAAGCACGUUUGCCACAUCAUUGAUUUUAUUUCUGUAUAAAUAAAUGGACCUGUGUGCUUGUUCAUGCGAGUGCCUUAGAAAAGGAAGAUUCUAAACCCAGGAAAAAAAAGCUUAUGCUGGGAGUUGUUUUUACAUUGUCUUAGUGGUGAAAGCGGUGAAGUAUUAGUAAUACAGAUCUAGUUUUCAAACUGUAAGUUAGGCUCAUGUGGCCUAAGUAGACCUGAGUAUGUUGCCACGUGCAGUUAGGUUUAAAGCUCUAAUGAAAUGCUCCCAUCUUAAAUGGCGAAGAUCAGUCCCGAUGAAAUGCAGCACUAACUUUGUUUCAAACCUACAAAUACUCAUGUGUUUAUUUUGGUGAAUAGUAUUGGUGGUCAUUUGAGAUAAGAGUUUCUGGGUCCCGGGGAACGUGAAUUCAGUUAAAUGCAACCUGUUGGAUAGUCUGUGAAGCAAGGCUGCUUUGUAAAGGCUGAUCAGUUGCAGUUUGCCUGCUUUCAGCCUGGAAGGACCGACUACUACAAACAUCUGCAUGAGAAGGUCAGUCUGUUAAAGCUGUGGAAAAUAACUGCAGAAUGGGAAAAUCCUGGCCUUCUCAAAUCCCUCCUGGGAGACGCUUUUGGUCAAGCGCAGUUUCAGAAGGUUACAAGGAGGAAGGGGAAAGCUAUUGCACUCGAAAUAGAGCAUAAUGUUUCCAAGUGCAAAAUAAAAUGGCUACUACAAAAUGGGGUAACUUUGUGUGCAACGCUCCGUUCCCCAGGCUCUACAGGUGUGGUCACGGUUUACAUCCUGCAAUGCAGUAAAGUGUACCUGUCAGCGCAACAAUUUAUUAUUUUAUAUUUUUUAAAUGUAAGGUACAUGGUGUUUAGUAAUAUAGUGAAUGCUGCUUCAGAGCUAUGCUGAUUUUUUUUAAAGGGCCUUUGGGUGUUGAUACAAAACUUCUCAUUAGACUUCGAAUGUUUUCUGGCCAGUAUUGCUAACUUUCUAUGCCUCUUCAUGUUUUGUUUUGGGUUUUUUUUUCUACUCUAGCUAUAUUAAAACACCUGCAUAUGUAUGUUUGAGGUGGGAAACCUCCAAGAUCUCAGAUGCAUACUUAAGCAAAUGCACACUUACAUAAAUGUAGGAACCAUCACAAGAAUUGGCCAAAGACACUCAUUAUUGGAUUAGGUUCAGGGUGUGGGAAAGGACACUUUGAAAUAAGCCUUAUUGCAGCUGGGAGGCCUGGCAUUUAUCAAACUACUGCAACAAUUUUAUAGUGAUCGAUUCUUUUGGAGCUGCAGAAAUAAUGCACUGUUUUUGUGGUUGGUUUUUUUUUUUUAUUGUCCACUGACAAAUCUGUGCUUAAAUUAACAUUAGGGUAUAUUAGCUUGUAGGAUUUUCUUUAAAAAAAAAAGUUUAGAUUUGACACUCAGGUUUUAGAUGUUUCAAGUCUAAUUGUAGUUAGUGCAGUUAUCAAUGCAAUUUUGCAUUCUUGGAGAGUAAGUAUAAUUGGCACAGAAAGCUGGGGUUUUUUAUUGUCAAUGUUUUAAACAUUUUAUGGUGUUAAAUGUGUCUUUUAAUUUGGGAUAUGUCAUAAUUCCUAAACAGAUAAGAUUUUAUUUCAUUUUCUUUAAAAUGUCAACAGCAUGUAAAUAAAAUAUGCUUUUUGGAUGUAAAUCUUAGAAAUCCACAGUGAAUGUAGGUUAUUAAUAAAUAAUUAAUUUAAAUCUCGGUGUUUAAUAUUGUGUACAUGCAGUAAAGCUGCUUGCUUUUUGCUCAGAAGCCAUAGGAAUGUAACUGAAAUUACCUAGAUUUGAAUGAACUUUCUAGUACAGUGUACUUAUAAUAGUAAAAUGUUCAUGUUCCAGGAAAACAAUCAAUUUGCUACUAAAAUCUUGAAUCACUUAUUCUCAAUUAGUGAUUUAAGAGCUCAAAGUUAGGGUUGAGUAGGUAGUAAAAAUCAGGUUGGAUGAUAAUAAAUUGACCUGUUUAAUAAACAGCAAUGUGGAAUUGGUGGAAUACCUUGACACUGUGUGGUUCCAAAAUUUCUUAUUUCAUCCCAGAAAUUGAGACAGCAUUAAGUGCAUUUAGAGGCUACCAUUGUUGAGGAUUGACACCGUUCCAAACUAAAUAUUCCUUUUAGGGUUGGGUUUUUUUUGAGGGACUAAGGAAGUGUGUGCCUGACCUUGAAAAUCGUAGUUCUAAUUCAGCCUUUGUACCAAUUGUUUUCUCAUAUAAAAUAUAUUAAUUUAAGCUAGUUUUUUUAAUGUUGUUCAAUUACUCUACAUCUAUGGUUGGUUAUUUACAUCCAACACUUUGUCUCGAUUUUCUACCAUCUUCUGUGACUUUAAAAAAUAAAAUUUCACAAUUACCACCCA